UGUGGACAAAAUGGAAGGUCCCUUUUAUAUAAAGUUAUGUAGAUGCGAAUUCAGUGGCUUGACGGUCAGUCGGUCAUUGAAGAGGCAAAGCCCAACACCCGCUGGGAACACAGCGACUUGGUUUCACGACAAGUGUCGGAACAUGUCAUCUCGGCCUUCGACACGUUUCUUGGCCUCCCUCUUUUUACUAGUCUUCUAUUCCUUGGCCGAUUCUUUUGCAGAUUUGCCGUCACAGUUUCAAGCCCAACAAGAGUUGACCAACAUCAACAAGUCAGCUAUUUUACCAACUUGUCCUUGCCGUCGAGCAGCCACUCUCCUAGAAAUGGUGAAAAACUAUAAAAUAAUCUGGGAUAUGUUUUGUCAGAAAGUUAUGGACCUUAUGAUUCAUUCUCGUAGCCUUGCACCCAGUAAAAAUGGCAAUGAAUGUCCGAAAAACAUUACUGAAGCUUCACAAAUUAGACAUGGGUUGACUUUAUUGGAUGCUGAUUUCUUUAACGAUAUAAAGGUUCUUGAGAUUGCAAAGGGUGCAAAAGAGUUCAAUAUUCCUAUAAUUAGAGCCAACAGGAAGUUAGUUGCUUCUAUUAAUGGAGGGCUGCAUAACCCUUCUCCUCUGGUUUUUAACCCCGAGUGGAGCAAGGAGCAAUCACAAGGCAAGGCCAGCAGGUUUAAUCAUCCUUCAGCUUCCGGCAUUCAAAGGCCAAACAAUGAAGAAGAUAUAGCCUUUAUGAGUGUUCUCGAACUAGGAGAACUCAUAAAGAAAAAACAGAUUACUUCUGAGGAGCUUACGGGAAUUUUUCUUAAGAGAUUGAGAAGAUACAAUCCGGUACUUGAAUCUGUAGUUUCUUAUACUGAAGAUUUAGCUUACCAGCAAGCGAAAGAAGCUGACAAGUUGCUCUCUCAAGGAGUGCAUUUAGGACCUCUACAUGGCAUCCCUUAUGGAUUGAAGGAUAUAAUCUCAGUACCUCUGUACAAGACAACUUGGGGUUCAACAACUUUCAAAAAUCAAAUGCUUAAUAUUGAAGCAUGGGUGUAUAAGAGGUUAAAAUCUGCAGGGGCAGUUCUUGUUGCAAAGCUUGUUACUGGAUCACUGGCAUAUGAUGACAUCUGGUUCGGUGGUAGGACUAGGAACCCUUGGAACAUUGAGGAAUUCUCUACGGGCUCAUCAGCUGGGCCUGCUGCCUGCACCUCAGCUGGUAUGAUUCCAUUUGCAAUUGGUUCAGAAACAGCCGGUUCCAUUACUUACCCUGCAUCUCGGUGUGGUGUGACAGCAUUGCGGCCAACUUUUGGUUCAGUUGGACGAACCGGUGUGAUGAGCCUAUCAGAAAGCUUGGACAAGCUUGGUCCAUUCUGUCGAAAUGCUGCUGAUUGUGCGGUUAUUCUAGAUGUCAUUCGAGGGAAAGAUCCAGAUGAUCUUUCUUCAAGAGACAUUCCCUUUGGUGACCCAUUCUCUGUUGAUAUCACAAAGCUUACAGUUGGUUAUCUUGACGAUGCUGACAUGGAGGUUGUUCAUGUGCUUGAAUCAAAAGGUGUUAAGGUGGUUCCUUUCAAACUGAACUACACUGUCGAUUCUGUUCAAGGCAUCCUAAAUUUCACGAUGGAUGUUGACAUGUUAGCACAUUUUGAUGAAUGGCAACGAUCUGGGAAGGAUGAUGAUUAUGAAGCUCAAGAUCAAUGGCCUGUUGAGUUACGUCGUGCACGUGUGGUUUCAGCUGUAGAUUAUUUGCAGGCACAAAGAGCUCGUGGAAAGUUAAUCCAAGAAGUGAAAGAAAACUUCAAUGUUGAUGCAUUCAUUGGAAAUGCAACGGAUUGGGAGCGAGUAUGCAUGGCAAAUCUCGUAGGUUUGCCAGUAAUUGUUGUUCCGACUGGGUUCAAAAACAUACCUAAUCCACCUCCAACUGGUACUCGUAGACGAACCACAGUCAACACGGGCAUAUAUGCUCCUCCUAACCAUGAUCACAUCGCAUUAGCCUUAGCAAUGGCUUACCAGUCUGCAACAAAUCACCAUAAGCAGCGGCCCCCCAUAGAUGAGCUGGGACCAAACGACACAAUAUCCAAUCCCCCUACCGUUCCCAUCCCUCCUAGACGCUUGCAUAUGUAACAAAGUUUGUAAGAAACCCUUUAGUGCUUACCAUUUGUCAAAGCCUGCUCCAGACUGUAACCUGUACCUGAGAACAAUAUCAUCGUUCAAAAUGGCAAGAUUUGACGGAUAA